AUGAUUACAGGAAAGGACAUCUAUGAUGUUCUUGCGGCACUUGUGCCACUAUAUGUUGCCAUGGGAUUGGCCUACGGCUCAGUCCGGUGGUGGAAGAUCUUCACACCGGACCAGUGCUCCGGCAUCAACCGUUUCGUCGCCGUCUUCGCGGUCCCACUCCUCUCUUUCCAUUUCAUCUCCACCAACAACCCUUACGCCAUGAACUACCAUUUCAUCGCGGCGGACUCUCUCCAAAAGGUAGUCAUUCUCGUGGCUCUCUUUCUCUGGCAAGCCUUCAGCAAAAAAGGAAACUUGGAGUGGAUGAUCACUCUCUUCUCUCUCUCUACUCUCCCCAACACUCUUGUCAUGGGCAUCCCUCUGUUGAAGGCCAUGUACGGAGACUUCUCAGGGUCUCUAAUGGUCCAAAUAGUGGUCCUACAAAGCGUCAUAUGGUAUACGCUAAUGCUUUUCAUGUUCGAGUAUAGAGGAGCAAAGCUUCUUAUUAAUGAGCAGUUCCCGGAGACUGCAGGGUCCAUCACUUCUUUCCGGGUUGAGUCCGACGUCGUGUCGUUGAACGGCCGGGAGCCUCUUCAGGCCGACGCCGAGAUAGGCGAGGAUGGGAAGUUGCAUGUGGUGGUCAGGAGAUCUAGCUCCUCUUCUAUGAUUUCGUCUUAUAACAAGUCUCAUAUAACUUCAAUGACUCCCCGGGCGUCGAAUCUCACCGGAGUGGAGAUCUACUCCGUGCAGUCUUCCCGGGAGCCGACCCCGAGGGCUUCCAGCUUCAACCAGACUGAUUUUUAUGCCAUGUUUGCGAGCAAGGCUGCAAGUCCGAAACACGGGUACACAAGUAGUUUUGGAGGAGGGGGAGUUGGAGGUGGGGAUGUUUUUUCUUUGCAGUCAUCGAAAGGGGCGACGCCGAGGACGUCGAAUUUCGAGGAGGAGAUGUUGAAGAUUGGGAAGAAGAGGCAAGGAGGGAGGAGUAUGAGUGGGGAGCUAUUCAAUGGCGGUUUGGUUUCCUCCUACCCGCCUCCGAAUCCGAUGUUUUCGGGGCCGGCCGGUAAUAGUGGGGUUAGGAAGAAGGAAGGUGGAAGUGGCGGUGCAGUGCCUAACAAGGAGCUUCACAUGUUUGUUUGGAGCUCAAGUGCUUCUCCUGUUUCUGAGGGGAAUCUUAGACAUGCAGUUAAUAGAGCUGCUUCUACUGAGUUUGGGGUCAUUGAUUCUUCUUCUAAGGGUACUGUUCUUCAACAAGACAUUGCUGCAUCAAAGGGCAUGCAUGAUUUGAUGGAAAAUGGAAUUGGUGCUGGGAAAAUCAAUGGAGAUAGGGAGAUUGAGAUAGAGGAUGGUUCGAAAUUUCCGGCAAGUGGUUCCCCCUUUGCAAACCAGAAGAAGGUGGACAUGGAAGAAGGAGAUGCAGACAAGAAGCAACAGAUGCCACCUGCUAGUGUCAUGACAAGGCUCAUUCUUAUCAUGGUUUGGAGGAAGCUCAUUAGAAAUCCCAACACAUACUCAAGCCUUCUGGGACUCAUUUGGUCUCUUGUAUCAUUCAGAUGGAACAUCCAAAUGCCAUCCAUUGUACAUGGCUCGAUAUCAAUCUUAUCCGACGCAGGACUUGGAAUGGCCAUGUUCAGUCUAGGUCUAUUCAUGGCUUUGCAACCAAAGCUCAUAGCCUGUGGAAAGUCUGUCGCGACAUUUGCAAUGGCAGUUAGGUUCUUGACUGGUCCAGCAGUGAUUGCAGCAACCUCCAUUGCUAUAGGUCUGCGCGGUGUUCUUUUACAUGUCGCGAUUGUUCAGGCAGCUCUUCCCCAAGGGAUUGUUCCCUUUGUGUUUGCAAAAGAGUACAAUGUCCAUCCAGACAUACUUAGCACCGCGGUUAUAUUUGGAAUGCUGAUUGCCUUGCCCAUCACAAUACUCUACUAUGUGCUGCUUGGGCUCUAAGUUUUGGCAGAGAAAGAUGAUAUAGUAGUUUGGUGAACCCAAGAGACAAGAUUAUGUGGAUCAAAGUAGAAAUGGUUUUUAAAAUGUGCCAUUGGAUUCAGUGCAUAACUUGGAAACUAUACACCUUUUGCUUCUAAUUUUUUUACUUCUUUCUCUGCUGUUAUUCAUAUAUUUUAGUAAUUAAUAUAUGUUCAACCAGUUAGUUUGGUAGAAGAUGAAAGAGUUAGGCUUCAUCAAACAUUAUAAAAACUAGAAUUUAUGGAUGUAUUUGGUAAUUGGUACAUCUUACAUUAA